CCAGAGACUCUUCCUGGUCAAGUGAGUCCCCCUCUUGGAGCCUGUUUCCUUCUCUGUGAAAUUGGGGGGACAAUCCCUGUCUUUUACCCUCUUGGGGCUGUUCUGCAGAGCAGCUACGACAAAGGGCAGGAAGCGUUUCGGGACCAGACAGGAGAGUCUCAAACAUGUAUGGAGGCCCUACUAUGUGCUGUGCACUGGGGAGGAGCCUGAGGGGAGGGGAGGGUUGUGAAGAGUUGGAACCCAGCUGAGGUCAGAAGGCUCCCCUGUGGAGGCUUCCUAGAGAACCCUAGGCCUCGGGGACAAGCUUCUCCAAAGCAGGUCCGGAGAAGGGUGACUGGGGGUGGGGUCCCUGAGGCCCCUUCUGGGCUCAGAACGAUUUUUAGAACAAUACUGAGAGGCUUUCAUUCCUAGUGUGAUCAGCAUGAAGAGCUCUGACCCACAGAAGCAAAAGCUCUUGGUGAAGGGUGGAGGCUGGAGGCUGGAGGGGGUCUUCACUAAUCUGUAACAGCGGAAAGGGCUUCUGAGAUCCCCAGGUCUAAGAACCACUGAGCUAGAACCCUGAGCACAAGCCAGUCAUCGUCAGAGGGAGAAAUGCCAGUCUUCCAUGAGGGUUCAGAAAGUCAAUUUUCGAAGCCCAAGAUGGGGAGUGGCGAGGGCUGGAGGCCUUGGGGCAUGGAGGGGGUCAAGAUGGGAGUGAGGGGUGUGGGAGGAUGCGGGGGAUGCGUGGAGGGCCUCCGCCUGGCCCCUUUGGCCUCUUUCUCUCUUCGGAUGCCUGCAGGACGCUUGGUUCUCACAGCACGCCUCGAGGGAGGUGGGAGGAGUGCUGACGCCAGGCCUCAGCUGAGGCCCUUCUCUGGGAGCCUCCACUAAAUGCCUUUGAGGCUGCCUCAGGGGCCACAGAUGGGCCUCCCCCUUAGUGCAUUGCCAGUGGAUACAAAGGAAAGAGCGAGAUGUUAGAUGGCUGCCCAAGACUGUGGUGGCAAGGGGAUCUGGGGGGAGAAAAGGGAGCUCAUCUGUAGGUCUCUCUGGUGGGGAAGUGGAGGCUGGAAAGGACUUCGGGAGAGGAAGGACAGAAAAGAGAAUGGGUACGGAGACUGGAGAUGGAGAGCGGGAAGGGAAGGCCUGGAGGCAGGACUGCAGUGGAAGAUGGGUGCAGAGGUUAGAGACGGCGAACAGGGUACAGGCAGGAGGAGGCUGGCUGGCGUCAGACCUGACCAGCUGAAGUUUUGUAGCGCUCUGGCGCCCCAGCGCGGCCGCCGGGGAUACUACAUCGGGUCUCUGUCAGACCACAACUCAAUAGGGGGUGGGCGGUGCACGCACCGCGGAGCUGGGGGUGGGGCCCGACGUGCGUGCGCGGCGCCGGCGGCUACGUGCCCAGCGACCCCGUCUUCAUGGCCCAGCGUGGCCGUCGGGCGAGCUCUGUACCAUUGCGCUAGCCUAGGGGGAGCCCGGCGCUCCGUCGCGUUCCCCACCUCGGUGUGGCUGGGGCCUACAGGCCGCCCCUCCAUCUGUUUCUCCGUUCCCAGUCUUUCUGGGCUGCGCGGUUUGGUCACGCAGGUUGGGGGGGUAGGCUCACUGUGGAGGCUACCCCCCCCAUCUCCGGAGAAGUGGUUCUGGCCAGAAGGAAGACGUGCAGAAACGAACGCGCCGCGCGUCCCUGGGACGGUGCACAGGGGCCUACCACCCGCACAGGGUCGGAAGGCCACGCCUCACGGCGCGCCCAUUGGCUGCAUCUGCAGAGGUGCGGGCCCAGAUUGGCCUCCUAUUGGCUGGGAGGCGAGCGGGAUAACCUGUGGUCAAGGCCGGAAACUUCUGGGUGAAGAUGGAGCGUAGCAAUCCCGAGAGCUCCCGGCUGUCAGCCGCCUGGAUCACUCCCCGAUGCCCUUGGCCCAAAGUCAUGGGUCCACGUUCCUUCCUCUAUUUGAGGCCAGUGUCCUCCAGAGAUGGAGGCUGUUCUGGGCCGCCCUGAGGGGGAGAUGGUUUUCCUUCAGCAUCUCCUGUGGGGCACCCUUUGGGAGGGCCAAGGAUGGAACUCAGUUCUGUAUCUGUCUGUCACCUUGCUUGUAAAAGGUGGCCAACUUCUCUCACUGCCAAUAAAGAAAUGUAAGAGUGCAGUGUGGCACUGGA